AUGGCUUCAGAUAAAUCAACAGAGACAAUGGCUGUGAGCACUGCUGAUAAGUCAAAGCCAUGCUUUCCACUUGCCGGUAAAGCGAGAGAUGGCUGGUCAAAAGAGGAUGAGGCAACGGCAACUUGUUACUGCGGCGGGGUACAGCUCUCAUUUGUGAGUCAAAUUAAGCGUGCUUACGGAUGGAUUGAUCUGACGCAACAACAGCCUAUUGAUCGAGACAAGGGCCUCGUCAAGACAUUCGUGUGUAAUUGUGCCGACUGUCGCAAGAUCACAGCUUCCAUGUUCGCUAGCAACUUCACCGUUGAAGAUUCGCACCUCAAGCACUUGCGUGGACAGGAGUUGCUCAAAACAUAUGGCCAGAAUGAGACGAUAGCCUCGGGCAAGAAGAUGACCAACUACUUCUGCAGUAACUGUGGUACUCUCAUGUACCGCGUCGGUGAGCGCUUGCCAGGCGUCAGUAUUCUGCGUAUUGGCACCGUCGAUGACUUCUCGCUGCAUGAAACGAAGCUCCGACCGACCGAGGAACAUUUUACCAAGGACCGUGUUUCCUGGGUCUCGGGCGUCACCGAUGUCGAGAAGACCUUUCCGGCCCAGGGCUGA